UAUGCCAUUAUUAUGUAUUGUAUACAAUGUAUCUAAUAUUCUUUAUAUGUUGAUUUGUAGAAUCAUGAAUAUAAAGAAACAUGAUAAAGAUUUUACUCAAAUACCAUGGAUACCAACAGUCAAAUCUGUACAGGAAUCAUCAGAAUUAUUACCUUGUCAACAAGUAACAAAAAAGCAGAAAUGUUCAAGAGAUCAUUCAUGGACAAAAAUCACAUCAAAGAAACAUUUAAAUAGAUAUAUAAAAUUGUCAGAAGAUGUUGGAAGUACAUUUACAUCUACAAUAUACCAACUUCAGAAAAAGAAUUCAAUAAAACAAAAAAAGCUCUUAAAGGAGAGGUCUUUUACAUUUGAACACAAUCUUACAUACCCACCUUGGGAAUAUUAUAAAAAUUAUAAAGAAAAUGUACAACGAAGAACUACAAAAGAGAGUAUGCAAUGGUUACCAAAUAAUAUUGUUAGUUUGAGAGAUUUAGCUGAUGGUACAUGGCUAUGGAAAAAAGCUCAAGAACAAGUUACUAAAAUUUUUAAAAAAGAUGGGAAGCUUAAAAAAUUGAAGGAAAUGAAGCAAGAAAGAGGCUUUUUACCAGAAAAGAGGAUUUAUCGACAAAUUGAAGCAGAAAUUCCGAUAUCGAUAGAGGAACAAAGAGAUAUUUUAUUUAAAGAAAUUAAUGAAAGACAAAAACUAUUAGCUACAAGAGAAGAUAAUGAGAUAAUUUGUUUAAGUAACGGGGGAAUUACCGACGAUGAAUUAAGUUAUUAUGACAUUAAUCAACUUGAAAAAGCAAAGAAAUAUAUUACUGGUAGAUUGCGAAAUCGAGAAAAUUUUGAUGAACACAUAGAACAGUUGAAAUUAGAAAUUAUUGAUAUUUAUAAACAAUAUCUUCAGUAUACUAUACUUGAUUGUAUUAUUUUGGAUAUUGAUGAAGGAAGAAGGUUACGCAUUGAACAAUCACCUGUGGAAUACCCAGUUUUAAUUAUACGUGCACCUCUUCCUUGGCAUCAAUCUAAAUUAUUAGCUGAACAUUUCAUGCUACAUAAUCUAUUUAUUGGGAAUGAAAUACUGAUAGAUAUUCAAGAUUUAUAUUUCUUUAAAUAUCAAGAUAUGAUGAUAUUCAGCAUUGAAGACAUAGGAAAUCUUCCUAUUUCAGCAUUUGACAUAGAAAGUAAAGUAAAUUUAUUAUGCGAUAAAGCAAUGAAUAAACUUAUUAAAGAAUGGUUGGCUGAUAUUGCUGAAAUUUUUCUGGAAAAAAAGUGUACUUGGUCUUGCUUAGUUGAGGAGCACUAUAAUGCAUCUACAGCAUUGAUCGAAAGAUACUUUUUAAGUGUAAAUACUCUUUUAUCUAAACAAUUACGAAUGAUAGUAAUGAAGACACUGAAUCAUAUCAGAGAAUUUUUUAUGGAAUACAGCAAUGGAAAUAAUUUCGAAGGUGAUUAUAAAGAUCUCAUGUUCUUCAAGCCACCUUUUCUAACAAUAAUAGUUGAACCAGAACUUGGUACACCUUAUUUACAUUGCAAACCAAGUAUUCCAGAAGUACGUAUGAUAAUUUCCCAAUGCAUUGAUAAAAUCAUCACAGUUGCAACAUUAAUUCCAAAAAUUGAGACUAUGUUAUUUCCUGAAUUAGAGAAGAAGGAUUUCUUGUUUUCUGUAUCACGGAAUGAACAGGAGGUUUUACGGAUAAUCACUGAUAUAUUAGAUGUUAUCAGUGCUCAUAUCAUGGGUCCACAAAUUUAUUUAAAGUGUUAUGAAAAUUUAUUGUACAUUAUAGACGGACAAGCAAAAAAAAGUUUAGAUAAAUUUUUUAUGACGGAACCAAUGCCAUUUCUACGCGAAUUCGAGCAAAAAAUAAAGGGUUACGAUAUGCUUAGAAAAGAAAUUACUAUAUUUCGUAAUAAGGUUCCUCUCAAUAUGAUAGAAAUCGAUUGUACAUUUGUAAACGAUGCGCUAAGACAAGUUCUUUAUGAUCUUCGCACGCAAAUUUGUGAUUUCUUUGCAAAUGAGUUGCGUUCAAAUAAUCGUGAUUUGUGCUCAAACUUUGACACGAUAGCAGAAAAUAUUUCAAAAAUGCCCGAAAAAACGCAAGAAGUCGUCGAAUUGUAUAGCUACUUAUGCGAAAGUCGAGAUUCGACUAUGUUCAAUAUGAAGAGACAAUUGGCACGUUCUAUCGAAUUACUGUUAUUCCUUUUUGAUUACCAACCACCGACGAACGAGGACAUUCAAUUAAACUCUCGCACCAUUACAUGGCCGAAAGAAAUGGAAACUGUUAUGGAGUUAGCCAAUACGAGACUAAAUAUGAGAAAAGAAUUCCUUGAAGAACUCCUGCGUAUAAAGAAAGACACUUUCGAACAAAAAAUACACAACAUGCAAUUAGCAAUCGAUCAAUUUAAAAAGAAGGAUCCACCGGUGUUAACAAUCGAAGAGAUGACGGAAGUGACAAAGGAAGCCGAGGAACUUUCUAAAGGAAUGGAGGAAAUCAGGAAGGAAGCCGAAGAGAUUAACGAAGAAGAGUCUUUAUUAGAUAUUGAAUUAAGCCCGUAUUUACCUUUGCCCGCCAUGUCUGCUAUGGUUAAUAUGUUAGAUACCGUUUGGCAUACCGCGUUAGAUUUUCAUACCAAUUUCGAUAAAUGGUACUACGGUCCUUUCGCGGGCCUUAAUGCGGAGGAAAUCAACGAAACAACUGAAAAUACUUGGCGAACUUUGUAUAGAUUGUCACGGCAACUAACCGAUGUUCCUGGCGCAAGACGAAUCGUAGAAAUGGUUCGUGGGAAGGUAGAAAAGUUCAAGCAACUUGUACCAGUGUUACAAAUCAUAUGUACACCUGGAUUGCAAAAACGCCAUUGGGAACAAAUCGGUAAAAUAGUUAACGUGGACAUAGUGCUUACGGAUACCAGCAACCUUUCCGACAUGAUAGAGUUUGGGUUACCGAUUCAUAUAAAUAAACUCGAAGAAAUAGCAUCUGCUGCCGUCAAAGAACACGCUCUGCAGCAAAAUUUAAUAAAGAUGAAGGAAGAGUGGUCUGAGAUAGCGUUCGAAUUAACGCCGUACCGCGAGACAGGCGUCUUCAUUUUAACAGCUGUGGACGACAUUCAAGUGUUACUGGACGAUCAUACUUUGAAGGCUCAGACCAUGCGAAGCUCCCCUUUUGUGAAAGCUUUCGAUUGGGAAAUGCAAGAAUGGGAAGACAAGUUACUAUUGAUGCAGGACAUUAUUGAUCAAUGGCUUACGUGUCAAGCAACGUGGAUGUACUUAGAGCCGAUUUUUAGUAGCGAAGAUAUUAUGCGUCAAAUGCCAACCGAAGCAAAUAAUUUCCGAAGAAUGGACAAGAUUUGGCGUGCCAUUAUGACAUACGUCGUCAAUAACAAACGGGUACUCGAUGCAACUUCUCUGCCAAAGAUGCUGGAGCAGUUUAAGCUUUGCAAUACAUUGUUAGACGAAAUUCAGAAAGGUUUGAACGAUUAUCUUGAGAAGAAACGCUUGUUCUUCCCAAGAUUCUUUUUCUUGUCAAACGACGAACUUCUUGAGAUACUCUCUGAAACUAAAGAUCCUCAAAGGGUGCAACCACACUUGAAGAAAUGUUUCGAAGGAAUAAACAAAUUACGGUUUACCAGCGAAGAAGAAAUUAUUGGAAUGUUGUCAGACCAAGAUGAAUACGUUCCUUUCAGUGGAAAGAUCUAUCCAGCCGAUGCUAAAGGUAUGGUCGAAAGAUGGUUGAGCCAAGUUGAGAAACUUAUGGUGACUUCUCUUCGCGAUAUCGCUGAGGAAAGCAUCAUUGCAUAUUUCACGACUGUUAGAGAAGAAUGGAUAUUCUCUUGGCCUAGUCAAAUAGUCAUUUGUGGUAGUCAGACCCACUGGACUAGCGAAGUUUGCGAGUCGUUCGAAAAUCAUUCUACUUCAGAAUAUUUGGAAAAGUGCAAUUCUCAAAUAGAGAAUGCUGUUACCCUGGUAAGAGGUAAAUUAGACCCAGGUGCAAGAAUAACGAUAAAUGCUUUGAUCGUAAUGGAUGUGCAUGCACGAGACGUCGUUCGGUUACUCAUCGAUAAGAAGGUGACCAACGUAAUGGAUUUCGAUUGGAUAUCACAGCUAAGAUAUUAUUGGUUGGAUAAUAGCAUUACCGUGUCAAUUAUUACAACAAACGUAGCAUAUGCUUUUGAAUAUCUUGGAAAUACGGCAAGACUGGUGAUAACACCGUUGACCGAUCGAUGUUACAGAACUUUAAUGGGUGCAUUAAAAUUAAAUUUUGGUGGUUCACCCGAGGGUCCAGCAGGGACUGGUAAAACAGAAACUGCAAAAGAUCUUGCGAAAGCUGUUGCCAAGCAAUGUGUAGUAUUUAACUGCUCGGACGGCCUCGACUACUUGGCGAUGGGUAAAUUUUUCAAAGGCCUCGCACAGUCUGGUGCCUGGUCUUGCUUCGACGAGUUUAAUAGAAUAGAAUUAGAAGUACUUUCUGUAAUUGCCCAGCAGAUUUUAUCAAUACAGAUGGCUAUAAGCAUGAAAUUAGAGAAAUUCCUGUUCGAAGGCACAGAAAUAAAAUUGGACCCCACGUGCUAUAUUAUUAUAACGAUGAAUCCCGGUUACGCUGGUCGUCAAGAACUACCCGAUAAUUUGAAAGUUUUGUUUCGUUCCGUAGCAAUGAUGGUACCGGACUACGCAAUGAUAGGAGAAAUCACUUUAUAUUCCUAUGGAUUCAUAGACGCCAAAAAUUUAGCUGAAAAAAUAGUUCAUACAUAUAAACUGUGCUCCGAACAAUUAAGCUCGCAGAAUCAUUACGAUUAUGGUAUGCGAGCUGUGAAGACUGUACUGGUUGCCGCUGGAAAUUUGAAAUUAAAGUAUCCAACGCAAAACGAGUCUAUGUUAGUUCUUCGAGCUAUCAUCGAUGUGAAUCUUCCGAAAUUCUUGGCGCAGGACGUUCCCCUGUUCAAUGGAAUCUACACAGACCUUUUCCCGGGUAUUGAAUUACCACAACCGGAUCGCGAUGAACUGAUAGAUUUGCUAAAGAUUGUUUUAGAAAAACGAAAUCUAAUAGCUACAGAUUGGUAUAUAGAGAAGAUAGUUCAAAUUUAUGAGAUGCUAUUGGUACGCCACGGAUUGAUGAUCGUUGGACGCACGUUAAGUGGAAAAACGCAGGCGUAUCAAGUUUUAGCGGAUUCGCUGGGCGAUUUAGCUGGCAAAAGACGAGCUGUUAUGAGAGAGUUUCAUACUGUUUAUAAAAUAAUCAAUCCGAAAGCUAUCACUCUGGAUCAGCUUUAUGGUAAUUUCGAUCCAGUGUCCCACGAAUGGAGCGAUGGUGUUUUGGCUAAUAUUUUCCGAGAAUUUGCACAAUCUUUCUCGGUAGAUCGUAAAUGGAUUGUGUUUGAUGGCCCUGUUGACGCAAUAUGGAUUGAGAGUAUGAAUACCGUGCUCGAUGACAAUAAAAAACUUUGUUUGAUGUCAGGAGAAAUUAUAUCAAUGUCAAACAAAAUGAAUAUGAUAUUUGAACCGGCUGACUUAGAGCAUGCUUCGCCAGCUACUGUUAGCAGAUGUGGAAUGAUUUAUAUGGAACCAUCUCAGCUUGGCUGGAAUCCAUUAUUUGAAGCCUAUAAAAGAUAUCUUAAAAACAAGUUACUUUUCGAGCAGUGUGAACUUGUCAUAGAAUUGGUCGACUGGUUAACAGAGGCAGUUCUGUUUUUCAUGAAACGCUAUUGUAAAACAUUCAUAGAAAUGUCUGAGCUUCAUAUGUUUCUGUCUUUUACAAGACUUCUCACAACAAUGUUGGAUGAAGAGACACAAGUCAGUACGGUAUGGCUUCAAUGCAUUUUGCUAUUCAGUAUAGUUUGGGGGAUGUGCUCAACAUUAACGGGUGAGAGCAGAAAGAUUUUCGAUGUUUAUUUAAGAAAAUUAUUACUUGGUAACGAUGAUGAACAUCCCAGACCGAAAGCAUUUAAAUUGUCAAAACAACAGCUUUUCCCUGAUAAGGGUACUGUCUAUGAUUACGUAUAUGACAAAAGAAAUAAUGGUUGUUGGAUAUCGUGGACAGACCCAACCCUACAGAUGUCUUUAUUAAGUGACGUGAAAUCUAGCCGACUGAUCAUACCAACUACCGAAGUAAUCAUCCAGAAUUUCUUCUUAACGAACCUGCUUUAUAGAACGAUACCUGUCUUAUUUGUGGGACCUACCGGUACUGGGAAGUCCGUUGUCAUUUUAGAUUAUCUGGAAUCAUUAAACAGAGACAAAUACAUAGAAAAUGUUAUAAACUUCAGUGCUUGUACUACUGCUUUUCAAACUCAAGAAAUGGUGAUGUCCAGAUUGGAUCGUAGAAGGAAGGGGGUUUACGGUCCGCCGAUGGGGAAGAAAUGUAUACUUUUCGUCGAUGACCUAAGCGUGCCACAGAAAGAAAUCUACGGCGCUCAGCCACCAAUAGAACUUAUUCGUCAAUGGAUUGACCAUGGGCAUUGGUUCGACAUACACGACACGACAAUGUUACACUUGGUGGACAUGUUCUUAAUUUGUGCCAUGCUGCCACCCGGAGGAAGUUCGAACGAAGUCACACCUAGGUUGACUCGACACAUGCAUAUAAUUGGCAUCGAUUUGUUUCAAGAAACGACAAUGAUGCAAAUUUUCUCCGCGAUCCUCGAAUCGCAUUUUGCGAAAGGUUUUCUUCCAGAAGUCUCGAGAUUGGGAAAAAUGGUCGUGCAAGCUACCAUGGACAUAUAUUUUGCUGCUAUUAAAAAUUUUUUGCCUACCCCAGCGAAAAGUCAUUAUACCUUCAAUUUACGCGAUUUUAAUCGUGUUAUCAAAGGUAUACUUCUGGUGCCAGCUUCCAGAAUGCAGGAUCCGGACAAGUUGAUCAGACUAUGGAUUCAUGAAGUAUAUAGAGUGUUCCAUGAUAGAUUAGUGGAUGACAUCGAUCAGGAGGUUUUAUUUAAAAUGGUCCAGUUCACGUGCUACGAUCAAUUGCGACAACCAUUGGAAAAAGUACUCGCUCGACUGUUAAAAGACGGAGAGAAAGAAAUCAACAGUUCUCAUAUUCACGAUUUGUUCUUUGGUAAUUAUAUUGAGCCCGAUGCUGACCCGAAAAUAUAUGAUGAAGUGACAGAUCUAGAAGAUUUAAGACAAAAAAUGGAUUAUUACUUAAUGGAGUAUAACAUGCUCUCAAAGACACCGAUGUCUUUAGUCCUGUUUAGAUAUGCCGUCGAUCAUAUUUCUCGUAUUUCGCGAAUACUGUUACAAGAAAGUGGUCACGCGCUUCUAGUAGGGAUAGGCGGAUCGGGUAGAAGCUCUUGCGCCAAGUUAGCAACCAGUAUGUGCGAAUAUCUGAUUUAUCAAAUAGAAAUGACGAGAACCUAUGGAUUCACCGAAUGGCGAGAAGACAUGAAGAAUUUAUUGCUACGCGUAGGUUGCGAUGGAAAGUCCACUGUCUUUCUUUUCGGCGAUCAUCAGAUCAAACAAGAAACUUUCGUCGAAGAUGUAAAUAUGAUUCUAAACACUGCUGACAUACCUAAUUUAUACAACACCGAGGAGAUGGCUGAGAUUUUAGAUAAAAUGACGAAUCUUGGACGCGAGGCUGGUGGGAAAAGAGGUGAAAUCACGCCAAUGAUUCUUUAUAGCUUAUUUCUCGAAAGAAUCGUAAAGAAUUUACACUUGAUUAUAACUAUGUCACCAAUAGGGAACGCGUUCAGAAAUCGUUUGAGAAUGUUCCCUUCUCUAAUUAAUUGUUGUACCAUUGAUUGGUACACCGUCUGGCCAGAAGACGCUUUAGAAAGGGUAGCACGAACGUCGUUACAAAAUUUAAACAUCGAUCUGGACUUACGAGAAAAAUGUGUCCAUAUUUCUAAGAACUUCCACACAAGCAUUACUCGGGCUAGCGACGAUUAUUUUAAGACUCAAGGUAGGAGAUAUUAUACGACACCAACCAGUUUCUUGCAGCUAAUCAAAUUGCUGUGUACAUUGUACGAUCAGAAAAUUGAUGAAAUUACUUUGCAGCAAAAUCGAUACGAGACAGGUUUAGAGAAAUUAGAUUUCGCAGCAGGUGAGAUAGCUGUAAUGAAAGAAGAAUUGCAAGCGUUACAACCGAAAUUGUUGGCCCAAUCCGAAUUGAGUAAUAAACUGAUGAUCAAGAUAGAACAGGACACCAUUAACAUAGAAGCAAGGAAAGAAGUCGUCGCCGCCGAAGAAGCUUUAGCAAAUGAAGCGGCAGCUGCCGCGCAAGCUAUAAAAGACGACUGUGAAAGUGACUUGGCUGAGGCUACACCCGCAUUGGAAGCUGCUUUAGCGGCACUGGACACCUUGAAACCAGCUGACAUCACUAUCGUACGGUCCAUGAAAAGUCCACCAGCGGGCGUGAGAUUGGUAAUGGAAGCUGUUUGCGUUUUGAAAGGAGUGAAACCUGAGAAAGUCCAAGACCCAGCAACUGGUCAGGUUACGGAAGACUAUUGGCCGGCCUCCAUAAGAGUGCUUGGCGACAUGAAAUUCCUCGAGAGUUUGAAAAACUUCGAUAAAGACAACAUACCGCCGGCAUACAUGAAACGGAUCCGCGAAAAAUUUAUAAACGACAGAAGUUUCCAGCCUGAAGCCAUUAAAAAGGUUUCCACUGCUUGCGAGGGUCUCUGCAAGUGGGUGCGAGCCAUCGAGGUGUACGAUCGCGUGAUUAAAGUUGUCAAACCGAAACAAGCGAUGCUCGCGGAAGCGGAAGCUGCUCUCGCCGCGCAAAUGGAAGCGCUGAACGCUAAAAGAGCCCUUCUUCAGGAAGUUACUCAGAAGUUGCAGUCUCUGAAUGACGAAUUCGCUGAAUGCAUGAGGGAAAAGAAGAAACUCGAAGACCAGAUCGCCUAUUGCAUGCAGAAACUGGAAAGAGCGGAAAAGCUGCUAGGUGGCUUAAGCGGAGAAAAAAAUAGAUGGAGUAAUACGGCCGUUGCACUAGGCGAAAGUCUAUAUAACGUUAUCGGAGACGUUUUAUUGUCUUCGGGUGUGGUUGCUUAUUUGGGAGCUUUCACUAUAGAAUAUAGAAAUAGUUUAAUCGCACAAUGGCAUUCCUCUUGUAUGAAAGCUGGGAUCCCCUGUGGAGCAAAAUUUAGUUUGAUAGAUGUUUUAGGGAGACAAGUGGAAAUCAGAGCGUGGACGAUUUAUGGUUUACCAGCGGAUAAUUAUUCCGUGGAGAAUGGCAUAAUCGUGAAAAACGCUGAGCGAUGGCCGCUUAUGAUCGAUCCGCAAAAUCAGGCAAAUAAGUGGGUGAAGAAUAUGGAAAGGGAAAACAAGUUGAUAGUCAUUAAGCUCUCUGAUCCAAAUUACGUGAAAAUUGUGGAGACUUCCAUACAGCUCGGUAUUCCUAUUUUGUUGGAAAAUAUUUUGGAAGAAAUAGAUGCGAUAUUAGAACCCGUGCUUCUCAAAAACGUCUACAAGGAACGUGGUAUUUUGUAUAUGAAAUUCGGAGAAAAUGUCAUUGAAUACAAUUCCGAUUUUCGAUUCUAUAUCACGACACGUUUACGAAAUCCACAUUAUUUGCCAGAGGUAGUGGUGAAAGUGACGUUGCUGAAUUUUAUGAUUACUCCCCAAGGACUCGAAGAUCAGUUAUUAGGUAUCGUUGUUGCCAAAGAAUUACCUGUUCUCGAGGAAAGGAAAAAUCAAUUGAUCGUCGAAGAAGCGAACAACAGGAAGGUACUAGAAGAAAUCGAAAAUAAAAUUUUGGAGGUUUUAUCCGCAUCAGAAGGUAACAUUCUCGAGGAUGAAACGGCGAUUACAAUAUUAUCGACUUCGAAGAUACUAUCAGAAGAUAUUCAGGCAAAGCAAAAGAUAGCUGCUAAAACAGCGAUAGAAAUUGAUCACGCUCGUAAUGGAUAUAAACCUGUCUCGGAGCAUGGUUCUGUUCUUUUCUUUUGCAUUUCCGAAUUGACAAAUAUCGAUCCUAUGUAUCAAUAUUCUUUAGUAUGGUUCAUUCACCUUUAUGUAAUGGCGAUAGCCAAUAGCGAACAGUCUAAAGUUCUAACGAGUCGAAUAAAAAGCUUGAACGAGUAUUUUACCGCUAGUAUUUACAGAAAUGUAUGCCGUUCUUUAUUCGAGAAGGACAAACUAAUAUUUUCUUUCGUUUUGUGCAUUGGUUUAUUACGCGCUGCUGCAAAAGUAGACGAAGAUCUUUGGACAUUUUUAUUAACAGGCGGUGUAGCUUUGGAAAAUCCAUAUCCCAAUCCUGACCCGUCUUGGUUGACGGAGAGGUCUUGGUCUGACGUAGUUAAAGCUACCAACUUGCGUGGACUUGAGAAAUUGAAAGAAUCCUUUCAGAUGCGCACGUCACAGUGGAAGACCUAUUAUGACUUGUCGAAUCCUCAAGAAAAUCCUUUUCCGCACCCGUUUGAGCAGGAAACCGAAAGUCUAAAGAAGCUUGUAAUACUCAAGUGUAUAAGGCCGGACAAAAUCGUGGUUGCUGUGCGGAUGUUCGUUAUACAUCAUAUUGGAAAAUUUUUCGUAGAACCUCCAACGUUUGAUCUUCAAGCGUCUUACAACGAUUCCAGCAAUGUAACCCCUCUCAUUUUUAUUCUUUCACCUGGGUCCGACCCAAUGGCAGGAUUAAUAAGAUUCGCAGAGAAUUACGGAAUAUCCAAAAAGAAUCUCAUGACAAUAUCGCUUGGACAAGGCCAGGGUCCUAUAGCAGCAAAUAUGAUAAACACAGGAAUUGCAAGCGGCGAGUGGGUGGUACUUCAGAAUUGUCAUUUGGCGGUUUCCUGGAUGAAUGAACUAGAUAGAAUCUGUGACGAAAUUAUCUUACCGGAAACUACGCAUCUUAAAUUCCGAUUAUGGUUGACCAGUUAUCCAUCGAAUGACUUUCCAAUUUCCAUUUUGCAAAAUGGAGUGAAGAUGACCAACGAGCCUCCGAAGGGGUUGAAGAAUAAUUUAUUAAGAAGCUAUCUAAACGAUCCAAUAUCAGACACGACAUUCUAUAACAGCUGCAGCAAGAUAUUUGCUUGGAGAAGCCUCCUUUUUUCUUUAUGCUUCUUUCAUGCAGUCAUUCAAGAGAGACGGAAUUUCGGACCAUUAGGUUGGAACAUACCUUAUGAAUUUAAUGAAUCAGACUUGCGCAUAAGUAUUUUACAAUUGCAGCUUUUCUUAAAUGAGUAUGAAGAAGUACCUUUUGAUGCUCUUCUCUAUUUGACGGGCGAAUGCAAUUACGGCGGUCGUGUAACCGAUGACAAAGACAGACGUUUGUUAAAUUCAUUGCUUCAACAAUUUUACAAUCCUGAUGUUAUCACCAACCCAGAGUACUGUUUUUCACCAAGUUGUACGUAUCGCAUGCCACCAAGUACAAAUCACCAAGGGUGUUUAGAAUAUAUUCGUAGCUUGCCAAUGGACCAGCUACCGGAGGUUUAUGGUUUGCAUGAAAACGCAGAUAUAACAAAAGAUAAUCAAGAAUCAAUGCAAUUACUCGAAGGUGCUCUGGUGACUCAAACGCAUAUCAUUGGAGUUGGAGUUGAGAAAGACAUUGAUGCGGUGGUCUUUAAUUUAUGCGAUGAUAUUUCGUCAAAAAUGCGGCCAGCGUUUAAUGUUUUAGAAGUAUCCAAGAAGUAUCCAGUACUUUAUAUGAAUAGUAUGAACACAGUCCUUCGACAAGAACUUAUUAGAUUUAACGAGCUUAUUAAAGUAAUCAAGGAUACUCUAGCAAAUGUACAAAAAGCCAUCAAGGGUUUAGUUCUAAUGUCUCCUGAAUUAGAAGAAGUAUUCUUGAGCAUGAGUAUUGGCAAAGUACCUGAGGCUUGGAAUAAAAAAUCGUAUCCCUCGUUAAAGCCAUUAGGAAGCUACGUUAAUGAUUUAAUAGAUAGGCUGGAAUUUUUCCAAAAUUGGAUAGAUAAUGAUGCGCCAAAUGUGUUUUGGAUAUCUGGCUUCUUUUUUACUCAAUCUUUUCUUACGGGUGUUUUACAAAACUAUGCACGCAAACAAAGGAUUCCAAUUGACCAUUUAGAUUUCGAAUUCGAGCUAACUGCAUUUGAAACUAAUGUUAAUACUGCCCCAUCCCAUGGAGUAUAUAUAAAGGGUUUAUUUUUGGAAGGCGCACGAUGGAAUAGAGAAUUGAAACGAAUCGACGAAUCGAAACCAAAAAUAAUGUUUGAUGUUCUACCUGUAAUAUGGCUGCAGCCAGGUAUAAAAACUGAGUUUGUUGUUAAACUCGUAUAUCAUUGUCCUGUAUAUAAGACAAGCGCAAGACGUGGUGUUUUGGCAACAACCGGUCAUUCUUCAAAUUUUGUAUUAUACAUUAUGCUUCCGACGCACAUUGACGAAUCCCAUUGGAUCAAGAGAGGAACAGCAUCCUUGUGUCAACUAGAUGAUUAAACUAUUGGAAUAUAUUGCGAUGAUUACGGUAGACGUAAAUUCAGCAGGCCAUUGAAAGCUAUCGAGGCAGUAACCCCUCAUACCGGUUAUCUACUCUGAUACUCUAUUUCCCGUCUCUUCAGACAAACUUGCGAACACGCGUUCUCUAUCUCUUAAGUAUAUCAAUACUUAAUAAAACUCCGGCCCAUAUCAAGUUAAUCAAACAUUAACACACUCUUGAUUCCUGGUGCAAAAGAUCUUUUGUCCUAAUUUAGUAUGAAUAUAUUUUCUACGCAAUUUUAUUAUUUUGUAUUACUUUUAACAAAAAUUGUAUAAAAAAAUAAUGAUUAUAUUAAAAAUACAAAGCGGUAUUAAUAAAACUUUAUAAAAAACUGGAUGAUUGUAAAUUUAGUGAUGUAGGCGCUGAGCGAGGCACGUUUAGGUUUGACGCUACAAAAUUGUACUCUCGACUUAAAUGAAAUUAAUGGAAAAAAUCCUUGUUCGAGCAAGUACAUGUGUACAAAAGGUUAUUAAAAACUGUAAGACCUUACUAUUAGAAGCAUUUUAAUUCUUCGUUUGCAUAAUAUGCUUCUUUUGCCUUUUAAGAGUUCACGGACCCCCGGGUGCCCGAGGUCCUUGCGUGAAUAGGCUGAAAAGUAAUGCACACGGUCGAAUAUCUUGAAAAUGAGAAACAAAAAAAGAAUGAAAAUCAACUGAUUGACUGUAAAACGGUAUAUUUAUUUUUUUACAUGACCUCCUUUCGAUUCAGUACAUUUUCCCUAUAUUGGAAACAGGACUAGGAAAGAAGACAAAGUUACAUAUUGUCAAAUGUGUAUUUACAUU